AUCUAUUAUGGACUAGAUUUCUUACCGUACUUUUCCACCGCCCACUUUAGUUUUUGCUCGCAAGCUAGCUGUUGCAUGCCUCUCUCUUUUUAGACGUGUUACUAUCUGCUGUGGACAGCUACUGGCACUGCAUACUACUGAUGCAUGCAUGAUAUUGGUAUUGACGGUUAAUUGAGACACUGGAAGCAACUUCAAGUCACUGCCUGAAAUGAGUGACAACCUUGAAGAACAACUCUACUGGGCUAGUCAUGAUGGCCGUGACCAGGAAGUACUCGAGCUGCUACAGAGAAGAGCUCCACCCAAUGACUUUAAACACACUCUGACAAUGUGGAAAGGUGCUACAACCAACUUUUACUUAGAGCAUGGUGGACGCACUCCGCUACACAUGGCAUGUGCUAACAACCAUAUCUGCAGUGCAGAAGCGCUCAUCAAGUUUGGAGCCAUUGUUGGUGCUGAAGAUAAUGAUGGUUGGACCCCCUUACACUCGGCAUGUCGCAACAACAGCAAGGGCACUGCUAAACUGUUACUGGAGCACCACUGCCCCACAAAUAUCAAGAACAAGCGUGGACAGACUGCUGCUGAUCUGGCCAGAGUAUUUAAUAAGUACUCUACGUUGGCUGACUAUGUGGAGGCGUUCCAGCCUGGAACUAGAGAUCCUCUGUCCUCGUACCCAACACUGGACGACUUAACUUUUAUGGUACAAGAUUCACGUUGUGAUCUUUUUGUCAGGCAUGCAUACGAAAAAACAACCAAGGUCCCUUUACUAAAACUCCGAUUUGGAAUAGCUCAUAAUACCGUCUGUUUAAGCGACACGGUUUAUGAUCUCCAUCAAUUCAAAAUCAAGAAUAUUGACAUGCAGUGGAAGGAUAUUGUGGAAGCUCUAGUGAGCAUUGAAGCGUACGACAUGGCAAAUAACAUCAUAUAUAAUUAUGAAGAUCUAUGGUCAUGCAUGGACAUCGAUUCACCAUUCCUGCACAAAGUUAGCUACCUAAAGUGGGUUGCUCUAGUGAGUGCAUUCUAUGGCUGGCUGGACUGGUUCGAGGAAAUUGUAGGAGAUAAGAUCAAUCCAAAAGAGCUAGUCAACAAGGCUGGUGACACUCCACUCUCUCUGGCCUGUGGUAAUGGCCACUUAGAGACAGUCAAGUACUUUGUGAACGAGCAUCAUUGUGAUCCUAGAAGUACAGUCAACAAGGCUGGUGACACCCCAUUCUCUCUGGCCUGUGCUAAUGGCCACUUGGACACAGUCCAGUACCUUGUGGACAAGCAUCAUUGUGAUCCUAGAAGUACAGUCAACAAGGCUGGUGACACCCCACUCUCUCUAGCCUGUGCUAAUGGUCAUUUGGCCACAGUCAAGUACCUUGUGAAUAAGCAUAGCUGUGAUACUGGGAGUACAGUCAACAAGGCUGGUGACACCCCACUCUCUCUAGCCUGUGCUAAUGGCCACUUGGACAUAGUCAAGUAUCUUAUGGACAAGCAUCAUUGUGAUCCUAGAAGUACAGUCAACAAGGCUGGUGACACCCCACUCUCUCUGGCCUGUGCUAAUGGUCAUUUGGCCACAGUCAAGUACCUUGUGAAUAAGCAUAGCUGUGAUACUGGGAGCACAGUCAACAAGGCUGAUGACACCCCACUCUCACUGGCCUGUACCAAUGGCCAUUUGGACACUGUCAAAUACCUUGUGAAUGAGUGUCAUUGUGAUCCUAGAAGUACAGUCAACAAGGCUGGUGACACCCCACUCUCUCUGGCCUGUGCCAAUGGCCACUUGGACACAGUCAAAUUCUUUGCAAACGAAUGUCAUUGUGAUCCUAAAAUUGCAGUGAAUGAGGCUGGAGACACUCCUCUCUCCCUUGUGUGUUCCUAUGGUGACCUAGAGAUGGUCAAGGCUCUCAUCAACAAGCAUGUUGAUCCAAAUAAGCCAGUCAACAAGGCUGGUGACACCCCAAUCUCUCUGGCCUGCAAAGGUGGACACUGUGAAGUGGUCAAAUAUCUCGCCAUUACUCAUCACUGUGAUCCAAAAAGUGUCCUCUUGCUAGCAGUAGAGCUUGAGCAAGAUUCAACGGUGGAGUGUUUUUUGGCAGAAUGUCAUUGUGAUCCGAAUGUGACCGACAUAGAAGGCAAGACACCUCUCGAUUUGGCCAACAACCCUAAGAUCAUAAAGCUCCUCUUGAAACACGGAGCCAAGGCUGCCAAUGUCUACAAGAAACACAGCAAGCUCAUCGGAAAGCUCUCCUCCGAGCGACCCCCACACCUUCCUCUGUUUGUGCUUAUCAUUGGCGAUGGUGGCGUGGGGAAGAGCACUCUGUUGAAGUCCAUUCUGAGCCCAAAAGGAUUUUUGUCCAUAUUCCAGAAGGCAAGACCCGUAGAUGGUGUCGAUGCGAGGACAGUGGGGAUCAUACCGUACGAAGUAUACACCAAAGAGUUUGGGAGAAUCAUCUACUUUGAUUUUGCUGGCCAGAAAGAGUUUUACACGAGCCACUGUGCCAUUCUGGAGAAUGCUGUUCAAACCUCACCACCCAUCAUUAUCCUCUGUGCUAAGCUUGUAGAAAGUGAGCAGGCAAUUAUUGAUUCCAUGUAUCGUUGGUUGACCCUCGUCCAAAACCAGUGCAAUAAUCUGAAAGGUAGAGCACAUGUGAUAAUAGUUGGUAGCCAUGCUGACCAGGUGAAGGAAAUGGGAAAAGAUCCACGAGCCAAAGAAGAGAUCUUUGCCCACAUUAUCAAGCAAUUCCCAAAGUUUGAGUUCACAGAGUUCAUUCCAAUGGAUUGUCGCUUUGCUGAUUCGAAUGACAUGACAAAAGCAAGAAAAUUGAUUCAGAAAAGCUCCGCUAUUCUCCGUUCUCCAGAAACCAUCAGCCUGAAUGCUCACACCUUUUACAUCUACCUUGCCGAAAGCUUCAAAGACGACCUUGCUUUGUCUUUGGGAAAUGUUUACGAAAGAAUUAAGAGCGAUCUUAAUGAGGAUCUGUCAAAACGCACCCAAGAUAUUCUUUCUUUCAUACCCAGCACCGUCCCUCACCUUGUAGAGAUCUGUGACCAGCUGCAUAAAAGAGGUCUCCUCUUGUUUCUCCGCAAUGACAGAUCUCCAGAAAAGUCUUUCUUAGUGAUUGAUCAAACAACGCUUCUGUCCAGAGUCAAUGGGACCGUGUUUGCUCCUGAAAGUUUCUGCCAGCACUGCAAGCUAGCUUCAAGCACUGGAAUGGUGCCUUUGUCAAAAUUCAAGAAAGCAUUCCAUGACCUGGACAUAGAGAUGCUGAUUGCCUACAUGUCGCAUUUAGAGCUGUGCUUCGAAAUCACAGACAAGCAAAUCUUGGAUUUCCUUCCGAAGGAGAUUGCUCCUUCCACUGACAGAGAUGCUUCUGUUCCUGAGUCCGACACUCGAUACCUCUUCUUUCCAGGGCUCAUUCGAAUCGAAAUUCCAGAGAGAGUUUGGAUAGGCGCUCAAAGCAUCAACUACCACUUUGGUUGGAUACUUGAAACCUCUCAAGAUACCGAGUUUUUUGAUUCUCGCUGCCUUCAGAUCCUCAUUCUGAGGAUAGUGUUCAUGUUCCGGCUUGCCCCUGCCAGCAAAAUUUUGCUCAAUGUCCCUUCCCUGCAGAGAUACUGUUCUGUGUGGAAGAAUGGGAUCUACUGGUGCAACGAUGAUGGAAUCACCGCACACCUCGAGCUUGCUGAAAAUGGUCGAUCUGUUGCUCUCAAAAUGCGCAGUGACACAGUUCGACCUGAAGGUCUGAUUCUUCGCUCCAGAAUUAUGAGCACAAUCCGUGAGACUGUUGAAAGUUUUUGUCGCAAUGUAAAUGUGAUAGAAUCAGUGAUUGAUCCAGAUGAAGUUGUCAAGCAUCCUCUGAAAAAUCCCUCUGACCUCCCAUUGGUCAACAUCAAAGAUAUUGCAGCAGCUGUCUCCUCCAACAGAAGAAUGAUGAAAUCAACACAACAAGUUGCCUUUGCCUUCAAGCACCUCUUACAGUUUGAGCCGUACGCUGACCUGGAUCAAACCACCAUACAGUGUAUCCACAGUGACAAGAAUGCCAAGAAAGAUGAGAAAAUCUCCAGAGCUUUCAUUUCCCAUUUUGCCAGCCAAAUUUCCGACCCCGAAAUUGAAGAUCAUGAUCAAGUAAUUCGAAACAGUCGCAUGUACAGAAGAAUCCUGAGCCCUUCCAUUGUCAAAAUUCAGUCAGUCAGUCCCAGACAGGAGGUGGUCCAGGCCCUUGAGACGUGGAGUAGUAAGACUGAGGGAACUUACAGCUGUCUGAGGGAGACUCUCAACAAGUACAGCGUCUUUACUGGGAGAAACCCUCUGGACCUAGCAGGUGUGGCUCACAGCGAGGUUGAUCUCUCUGUAUUCCCAGAACCUCCUGCUACAGAUGAUACAGGAGAAGACUUGCUCCCACUAGAUAAAGUGAAGAAUGCAGUCAUUGCAAUCACUGCUGACUGGUACAGUCUGGCAAUACAGCUGGAUAUUGGCUACAAAACUAGAAGGGUCAUUGAGCGUGACCACCCAUCGGCAGAAGCUAGAUUCCAUGCCAUGUUGCAGCACUGGGUGAGGAGCUUUGACACAUCCACCGAUCGCGAGGCACCAGCACCCGUGGUGCUUUCAUUAUUAUAAUGAAUGUCAAACACCCA